GAUUCGACAUUUUUGUGCGAGUGUAAGGUUCGAUUCCGAUCUGGCUGGUUGUCUGACGGACGUGCUGCGUCUAUUUUGUUGUGUUUUUUUGCGAACGAGCGAAGAGCGACAGGACCUCUGCGCCCGUAUUCAAACUGAUUUUUUUUUAUUGUUGCAAUGCAAUAUUCGCGGAACGAAUAACAACAACAUACAUAACUCAAUAUUCAAGUGCAAAGCAAAUACAAAUCAAACACAAAAGAAAAAGCAACGAAAUAAAGAUAUAUAGAAAAGAAAAACAAAACGAAAAAAUUCGCACAUUUUUUCUGUCUUGUCCAGUGGAAAAUACAACAAAUAAACAACAACGGCUAAAUCAAGUUAACAAUCUGUUCAAAACCAAUCAACAAAAUGUCUGCUGAUAUUCUGCAGAAAUCAAGAGAGCAGGAUGAUUCGCACUACUUCGAGCGUGGCGAUAUAUCCAAAUACGUAACGAUGAACGAUCACUUGGGUGAUUUCGAUUGCAACGAGGUGCGCAAGGAAAUAAGGAUGCUGCUCGCCCACGGCGCCAACUUGGAUCAGCAGCACCAGCAGCAGCCACAUCGCCACCAUGGCGGUCUCACACGAACCAUUUCACAGCCGGCCCAGCUCAUCCAGCAGCAGCAGCAGCAACACCAACAGCAGCAGCAGCAGCAGCCAGCUGUUGCCAGUCUGGUGACCAUCACCGAGAACCUGGGCAACAUGAACCUGCACCGAAAGCUGGAGCGAACCCAAUCGGAGCCACUGCCGCCACAGCAGCCGAUGAACACAUCCAGAUACAAGACCGAGCUGUGCCGCCCGUUCGAGGAGGCCGGAGAAUGCAAGUACGGCGAGAAGUGCCAGUUCGCCCAUGGAAGCCAUGAGUUGCGAAACGUGCACCGUCAUCCCAAGUACAAGACGGAAUACUGCCGCACCUUCCACAGCGUGGGCUUCUGUCCCUACGGACCGCGCUGUCACUUUGUUCACAAUGCGGACGAGGCCCGCGCCCAACAGGCGGCCCAGGCAGCCAAGUCCUCCACCCAGUCGCAGUCGCAGUCGCAGCAGUCGUCGUCGCAGAACUUCUCGCCGAAGAGCAACCAGAGCAGCAAUCAAAGUAGCAACAGUAGCAGCAGCAGCAGCAGCAGCGGCGGCGGCGGUGGCGGCGGCAACAGCAUCAACAACAACAACGGUAGCCAAUUCUAUCUGCCGCUAAGCCCACCGCUGAGCAUGAGCACAGGAUCGGACCGGGAAUCGCCCACCGGAUCACUGUCCCUCAGCCCCACCAACUCGUUGACCAGCUUCCCGUUCCACGAUGCCCUGCAGCAUGGAUAUUUGGCAUCGAAUGGCGCCAAGAGCAACAGUUCCGCCUCGUCCACAUCAUCGGCCUCUGGAAUGGGUCUGGGCAUGAGCAUGGGCAUCGGCCAGGGCAUGAUCAUCGGUCAGGGCUUGGGAAUGGGACAUCAUGGACCGGCUACACCGCCGGAGAGCCCCAAUGUGCCCAUAUCGCCAGUGCAUACACCGCCACCGUACGAUGUGGUGGUCAGUGGAUCUGGAGCGGGCAACAAUAGCGUUGGCAGCAAGCAGCUCCUGCAGAAGAGCGUCAGCACACCGAUGCAGCAGGAGGAUACGCCCAGGUUGCCGGUUUUCAACCGUCUCAGCUCCGGUGUGGAGGCCUACCAGCAGCAGUCCAAUUUGGGACUCUAAACGCGUGGCAGUCUGCGAAACAAAAUUGAAUUGAAACACCAUCCAGCAUCCAACUCACGCCCAUCCAAGCAUCCCUCCAUCAACAAACCAGCAUCCUUGACAAAAUCUCAGUAACGACCAAACCAUGGAAACUGAAAACAAAACUACUCUCGCAGUCCAAUUUGAAACGCAAAUAUGCCAAGGCAAAUGGAUUUCCGGUGGCGUAACUUCGUUGCAGAAUAAGUGUAUAUCAAGUAUACGCCAAACACAGACACCCCUUAAUUAUGAACCGAUCCUUGAUAUCAAUUCUCUCAUUGCUGUGACAGUCAAACGUAAUCGUUAUACAAUAAUCGUUAUAUGAGAAGGACCGAAUUACGGACUACUACGGGACAAUUAGUUAGAUAGAUACGUAAAUGACAAACAAACAAUCCAAGCAAACGAUGAUCUUAAACUAUAACUAAAUACUAAAAACUAAAAACUAACAAAAAGAAAACAAAAAAAAAAAAACAUAGCUAGCAUGAAUGCUAUAGCUAAACAAAACAUUCUUAUGAACUGGACAAGAUACAAAGACGGAGAUAACGAAAAGGACUAUUUGGGAAUCUUCAGCGAAUGUUGCUCAAAUCAAAUCAACAAACCCCACGGCCAACGACGAAUGUGAAAAUCGUUCCUGCAUUUAUAGAAACUACUGCAGUGCAUCCAUUAGUAAAACCCAUGCACACGCACACCUGUCGCUUUUGUUCAAUACUUAUACGGCACACACUUUGGAUAGGUCUCAUGUAAAAAUUGAUUACCGGCUGCUUGUAUAUAUAUAUAUAGAUAUGUAUAUAUAUAUAUAUAUAUAUAUAUGCAUAUUUGGCCACCACCUGUGUAUAUAUAACUUUUGAUGUGGAUAAAUAGAGAGCGAGAUAGAGAGUUGGUCCGAUGUCUUCCAAUCCAAGCCAAGCCAAGCCAAUUAAUCAAUCAAUCAAUCAAUCGAUCCAAUUCAUAUGAGAACGAUAGACGGACAGAAAGAAAGCUACGAAAAUUCUUUAAUUUAUUAUUUUUGCUAAAAAAUUAUGUAAUAGAAAACGUUAUGUACAUACGAGAGUUAAUAUUUUGAUAAAGAUAAUAAAUUAUAAUUACCAAUUACUCUAUGAUUACGUUUAAAUGAUGAUCUUGAAUGAUAUGAAUAUUAUUGAUGAUAUACCUCUGCAAAUCGUGCAACUAAUCACAACAACAAAAACAACAACCAACGAGCAACCAACAAUUUUUCAUUUUGAGAGGACAUUUUUAAUGGAAUUUUGUCAUUGAUUUGAUAUAUAUAUUUUUUGUUUGAAUGACUACGAUUUUUUUUGUACUCUUUAAAAUCGAUCUAUGAAAUGGAAAUGCUGAUUUUUAAACACCAUAAUUUAUUUUCACAUCUAUUUACAUAAAACAUACCAGAUAUAUUUUAUAUGCAAUUAAUGUUAAUAAUUUAUGAAAACAACACAUGCGACACACUCAGACACACACACACAUACACACACACACACACACACAUAUUUUGACCAUUGAUAAUUUUAUGUUUUUUAUAUGGUAUAUGCGACAGAUCAUUUUGUUUAUUAUAUAUUAUUUUUAUUUAAUUUAUUUUACAACUUCUUCUUGAUUUCUUCUAUUUUUGGGUGCAGUUAUAUAAUUUUAGUGUUAUGAGAGAGCCUUUAUUUAUAUAAAACUUAUAUAAAACCAUAUUAUAAUUAUGCUUACGUCGAUGAUAAUGAAGUAAAUGCAUAUGUAAUAAAAAAACGGAAAAAGGAAAGGAAAAACCUUAACAAAAAAAAGCUUAUUUAAAAUAUUUAUGUAGGGAAAACCAUACGAAUGUCGAUCUUUGUAUGCGUCGGUAAAAUUGAAAGAAAAAGCGAUUUAUAAAAGGCCGGAAAGCGAAAAAAAAACAAAAAGCAAUCUGAGUACAGUGUUAGAAAUUUAAAUACUAAACUAAACUGAGCAAACAAAAUAGAAACUUAAUACAAAUAUUUAAAUUAUUUUGUACACAUUUUCUGACCUAUUGAAAUUUAUAUGUAUAAAUAUGUAAACUGUAAUCCGUAUACAGCGACCUUUUUUUUUUUUGUGCAAAUAAUUUAUAUUGAAACAAUUGCUGAAAUGCAAUUCAAAUCAAACUAAAUCAAAUAUAUAAUUACUCCUAUUUAUUAUUAUCUCUUUCACUAGGCGUAUUUAAGUUACAUUACGACCAACAGCAGCAAAAAUUUUAAGCAUGACUUAAAGCACAAAAAAAAUACAAAAAACAAACAAACAAACGGCCGGUGAAAGAGCAAAUUCCAAGUGUGUUUAUCAAUUUGUGUGCACCACAAACGAGGGGGGUAAAUAAUUCUCAAAGUGCCUUAUCGUUAAUAUUAUGUAUAAAUUAAAUACACACAAACACAAAUUAUGUAUAGUCUUGUGGAAAUGGAAAAGGAAACGCAGAGACGGAGUGCAAAAGGCAUAUUAAUUAUUUAUUAUUAUAUUAAAGUCUAUUUUAUUAUACUUUCGGCUUACUUUGAUUUUUACUUCCCAUCGCAAAAAAACCCAUUGUUUUCGUACUCCAAUACGUAUUGCAAUCGAAAUUGAACCGAUUGGAAUGUUAUGGCAGCGUGCAAAAGUUUACUGUAAUACCUAUAUUUAACAUACUUAUAUAUAAUAUUUUGUUUUUUUGCUCUAAUUAAUUUUUUAAAAAGCCUAACUUAGACCUGAGCUUUGGUUAUCAUCAUGAUGAUUAUUCUUAUAUUUUUUUUUUUAACGCGUUCUUCCCUUUGUACAACAAACAAAGAAAAGCAAAACACAACUAAAUUAAAUCCGUGCCCCACACAUGAAGCAAACGUGGCCUUAUCGGAAUGAAACCCUACUCUUAACUCUUAUCCAAGUCGUCUUCCUUCUAAGAAAAUCAUUAAGUAAACUAAACUGAAAUGUGGUUGGUACUCUUGAACGAUCGAUAAACAGAGGAAAACAAGAAAUGUAAUGCCAGUUGAAUUAUACACUAUUUAUAUAUAUAUAUUUUGUUCGUUAUUUAUAUAACCAUAUACCAUAAUAUUUUUCAUUGAUAUCCGCCUUGGCAACAACAAAUGCAAAAUCAAAAGGAAACAUAUACAAAACAAAACAAAAAAAAAAAUAAAUUAAAAAAACAACGAAAAAGACAAAACAACUAAUAAAUGAACACAAUCUGUACAUGAAUUUUGUUAAUGCUGAAACAUGCCUAUUUAUGCUUCCAUUGCAACACUUUUGUGCGUAUUUUUAUAUAGUAAAUUAAAAUGAAUACAAUUUAGUUUAUGGAAAAUUUUAAGUUAAAUAGCUUUAAAACAACAAGCGUUACAAAAUAAAUGAAAAAUAAAAAC